UGCCAACCGCAUGAGGAAGGACUUGUCUUCUGGCCCCAGACUGGAGGAGGAGGGUCUGCCAUUGCCGGGGGAAGGUGGCCAUGUCUGAGGCACCAUCCUGCCCCAGCAAGGGCACCGCAACCCCAGGCUGCAAGCUGGGGGCCCUGUACCGGGCCUGUGUCCACAAUGACCCCACCCAGCUCCAGGCCAAGCUGGAUGUUGGGGUCUCCCCAGAGGAGGCCACCCAAGUGGACAGCAAUGGGAGGGCCUCAUGGUCGCCUGCUACCACGGCUUCUCGAGUGUCGUUGCCCUGCUCAGUCGCUGUCCUUUCCUCGAUGUGAACCAUCAGGACAAAGAAGGGAACACGGCCCUCAUGCUGGCUGCCCAAGCAGGCCACGCUUCUCUGGUGAGUCUCCUGCUCAACUACUACGCGGGCCUGGACCUAGAGCGCCGGGACCAGCGGGGACUCACAGCACUGAUGAAGGCUGCCAUGAGGAACCGAUCGGAGUGUGUGGCUGCCCUCCUCAUGGCAGGUGCUGACCUGACCUCUGUGGAUCCUGUUCGGGGCAAGACUGCCCUGGAGUGGGCCUUGUUGACUGACAGCUUCGACACGGUGCAGAGGAUCCGGCAGCUGCUGCAGAGGCCCCGAGUAGAGCAACUGAGCCAGCAUUACCAGCUCGAGUGGCCGGCCUUGCCAGGGCUCGUGGCCCAGGCGCAAGCCCAGGCCCAGGUUGCUCCCUCCUUCCUAGAAAGAUUGCAGUCCACCCUGAGCUUCUCCUUUGCCCAGUCUCCUCAGGAGGGGGGUGUUCUGGACCACCUUGUGACCAUCACUACGGGCCUGGCCAGUCCCUUCCUCGCCACUGCCUGCCACACACUGUGUCCUGACUACCCACCUGCACUCGGCACCCGAAGCAAGUCUGUGCCAGAACUGCUAGGUACUGCCCCACCUCCUCCUCCAGUACCCCAGCCCCCCCAGGAAGUACCUGGCCCCAGGGUCUUUGUUCCCUACCAGAGCCCUCAGGGCAUGUUCUCGCAGUGGCUGCAGCCCAGGAGUAGUACUAGCACUAGGUCCCAAGUUCCCAAGAUCCUCCUCUCCAAGGCACCCUCAGCCCCUAGACAAUACAAGUUUAUGUCCAAGUCUUCAGGGCAUAAUAACCUGGUCCUUCCUCUCUGGCGAUACCAGGAGCUCAGGUUGGAGAGGAAGAGGCAGGAGGAGGCAAGGUUGGCACAGGAUCAGGGGAAGAUGGGCUAG